UUCCAGAAGCAUCAGAGAGAGGGUAUAUAAAGCACAAAAUUGCUUUGCGGAACUUAGCGUUCAUCUCGGAUUCACAAGGAGACGUGACGUUUGUAUUCAGCUGAAGAAACCACCGACCAACAUGAAGAUUGCUCUCACAUUUCUUCUUGUCGCAUUUGCGGCUGUGUGCGUGUACGCUACUUCGGAGCCCCACUGCGAGGGUGUGACGUGCGACCCCGAGACUUGUCCUAAGCACGAAUGCCACUGCGGGAGCCACAAGGACGCCUGUGGUUGCUGCGACUUCUGCAACAAGUGCGCGAACGAGGAGUGCCACCCCGAACACAACGACCGCUGCGCGGAAGGCCUGCACUGCGUCAAGAAGGUUGUCGGCGAAGAGACUGAACCAGUUGCGGGACACUGCGAGCCAGUCGAGUCCGACAUCACCACCCCGCACCCAGAGGCCCACGCCAAGAUACCGGACUCGGAGGCGCCGGUGCACGAACCGGAACCUCCCCACGAAGAAGGAGAACACGCCACGAGUGAAGCUCACCACGAGUGAUUCUUCGAGUGCAGGGGAACGCUGAAACGACCCUGACAGCCCACGUGGCACAAUCACUUGUUGACUCAUUCGCGCUGGCUGUACAGAUGUUGCUAGUCACAUGAAAUAAAAGAUGCUGUGAAAAAGAAAACGAAAAACACUGAAAUAAACGAUAUACUGUGAAACA